AUGUGCAAAAAAAAAAGGGCAAAGACAUACGAAUUAACACCAGGAGGAGGAGACGACAAAUUGAAGUACCCCAAUAACGACAUGGACACAUAUCCAAACAAGUCAUUUUCAGCGUCCAACAAAAUUGUAAAAUUUCUUUUUCGAAACAACCUUCACACGUGUUUCUUCCUCCAUAUGGACGACGAUUUUCUCCUCAGCAACACCGUGCCGCUUUCCUUCAUGUCUGUCAUGCCGCAGCAAGAAAAGGGGGGUCCCAAAAAUAUUAACCAAGUUGCGCAGAACGCAGACGAAGAGAAAUCUAACAAUCUCAUAAUUCUGAAGCUUCUGUAUAUCUACUACUGGUCCACUGUGUGCGGGUGCGGCGAAUUGGAAAAUGUGGGCAACUGA